UCGGCGGCGUGUUCCUCUUUUCCCAACUUCCUAGCGUCCUGGCAGGUGGAGGCGGGCAGUUCACUCUCCAGUCUCUUGCAGCCGCCGAUCUAACCCUCGCGACUCUUGCUCCGCAGCCUCCCCCAGCUCCCGGGGCCGCAGCUGCGGGUGCACACCAGUGACCGAGCCAUGGCAGAGCGCGGGGAACUGGACCUGACCGGUGCAAAGCAGAACACUGGAGUGUGGCUGGUCAAGGUUCCUAAAUAUUUGUCACAGCAGUGGGCUAAAGCCCCUGGAAGAGGUGAGGUUGGGAAACUGCGGAUUGCCAAGAAUCAAGGAAGGACUGAGGUGUCAUUCACUUUGAACGAGGAGCUUGCAAAUAUUCAUGAUAUUGGGGGGAAACCAGCUUCAGUCAGUACUCCAAGGGAACAUCCAUUAGCCUUGCAGAGUGUUGGAGGACAGACACUGACCGUGUUUACUGAGAGCUCACCAGAUAAGCUGUCGUUGGAAGGAAUAGUGGUCCAGAGAGCUGAAUGCCGGCCUGCCGCCAGUGAAAGCUACAUGAGAUUAAAGAGAUUGCAAAUAGAAGAAUCAUCUAAACCUGUAAGGCUGUCACAACAGCUGGACAAAGUUGUGACAACCAAUUACAAGCCUGUUGCUAAUCACCAAUACAAUAUCGAGUAUGAAAGGAAAAAGAAAGAAGACGGGAAACGAGCGCGCGCUGAUAAACAAUACGUUUUAGACAUGCUGUUCUCAGCUUUUGAGAAGCAUCAGUAUUACAACCUUAAGGAUUUGGUGGACAUCACAAAACAGCCUGUGGGCUACCUGAAGGAAAUCUUGAAGGAAAUUGGCAUUCAGAAUGUAAAAGGGAUCCACAAGAACACGUGGGAGCUAAAGCCGGAGUACAGACACUAUCAAGCAGAAGAGAAGAGUGACUGAGACAGCCUCAGAGCUUCGGGCCACAUGCAACCCGAGACGGGACAGGCUGAAUUUUUUAAACCAGUAAUUCUUGAGAAGUUCCUUGAGUGUUUGUUUGUUUGUUUGUCUGUUUGUUUAAGGGAAAAAAACAAAUUUGGAACCGGAGCGCAGGAGCGGUUGUACAAUGGGUAGAGCGCUUGCCUUGCACACAGCUGACCCGGAUUCAAUCCCCAGCAUCUCAGAGGGUUGCCCCGAGCACCGCCAUGAUUGAUCUCUGAGCACAGAGCCAGGAGUAACCCCUGAGCAUCACCAGAUGUGGCCCUCCAAAACCAAAAAGUUUAAAAAGAAUUAUUUACAGAACUUACCUUGCAUUGAUCCAGAUUAUUUACAGUGAAAUUAGGGAUUGGUGGAUGAAAAACAUUUUGCCCCCCUUUGAAAUAUUUACUUCUAACCUGUAAAAUGAGGAAAUGUUUUCUAAAUGAGGACUCCACGUCCCUGUUUCUUCUCCAAAGGGCUGAGGUUGUCGCGAUCCUAAAUGAACAACACAACAAGAAGUGGUCAGUUGCAGGUCGGUUGCAGGCACUCUUAAGCUGAAUACAGAACCAAAGCUCCCUAAUUUGAAAGUGUCGAAGAACAAGGCAUUUAAUCGGGGGGCCUUGGGUGGCUUUAAUAGGUGAUCAUGUUUGAUGUUCAUAUUCCUUAGUUAGAGGAAAGCACUUACGUUUGUGCUAAGAAGUUUCCACAAAUUGUUGAUUAUACGGUAGUGACUAUGACAUGAGAAAUGAGGCAGAAAUCAUAGUCCGCUGGUAGUUCUUUUGUUAGCUUUAGAAAUGAAAUACUUUCCCAAAAAUUCAGAAGGGGUCUCCCCAGUCCAAGGUAUAAGCACUCAACACUGAUGGCCUCAGAGUUUUCUUGCCUGCCCUGCAGACUUCGGUCAGUCAGCCUGUAACCAUGGCAGCUCUCUGGGCAGCCCACAUCUUAGACACAAACCGUGUCAAAGCCUCGGGAUUAGAAAUGUUUCCUUUGUUUUCCUUAAUUUUAAAUAAAAGCGAUGCAAGUCCAUGGUUAAAGUUCUACCUAGCCCAAAAUUUGGCUGAAAUUGUACCCACAAACAUUACCAAAGCAAAAGAAAUUUUAGUAAACUGAGUCCAAUAAAAACCUGCUUGUUUGUUUUUUAA